AUGAUGGCGUCAAAAGGCGCCAACAAACGCAUGACGUCAACCGGUCCGAUCUACGUUCGCCAUUGUUGGAUGGUGUUUGCAUGGAUGACGAUCGUGCUACAGUAUCCCGGUGCAGAUGCACAAGAACUCAACACACCGCCGGUCAUUGUGGUCGAUCGGCACUGGCGGAUACCGGAAAACACGACCGUUGGCACGCUGAUAACGCGCGUGAACGCGGAGGACAACGACGACGAUAAGCUCGAGUUUGGACUGGAUGCGCUGGUCGCCGGUCAGGAGCAACCGUUCGCGAUCGACCCAAACACUGGGUACGUGUACCUGAACAGCAGCGUUGAAGGGCGAGCCGGGCAGAACUUUUUCGUCUACGUCACCGUCAGCGAUGGAAGCGUCACGUCGAAGAACGAGAUUUACGUUAACAUUCUUAGCAAAAAUGCGACGGGUGUGUACAAAUCGCACCCGUCCCAGUUUACGCCCAGCAUCGAUAACAUUCGACAAAUAUUACCCGCGGGUAUCAAUCUGCCUGGGAUUAGUUCGCGGCCUCAGCUCCCACUACCGCCACUGCCGCCACAGUUCACCAGGAAACCGCCGACCGAUAGUGAAGAUGCAGCUGGUGUCGUGACACCCGUGCCUACCAAGCAGACCAAAACCUAUCCAGAUCGGCCGAUCGGUGUAGCGAACGGGUCGCUCGAAUCGUCACCGCCAACGCAUCCCGGUGACACUAACAACGCUUCGAGCGGAACAGUAUUGUCGCCCAUUCGGAACAACACUACUGCCGGGUAUCCAACGAUUACCGUGCCUACGGGCACCAGCAGCACAACAGCAGCGCCUACACCGACAGUGACCGCUGCGACGGUUCCGGUGCACGCGCAUCCACACGAGGAAACAAACACCGUGAAAAUACUGCUCCCGGUGAUCAUAUCCGUAGCGAUCAUUUUCGUCACCGCCGGGCUGAUCGCGAUCUGCUUCUUCCGCAAGUAUCUGUGCGCGCUCAGCAAAACGCUUAAAAAGAAGAACAAAAUUGAUAAAGCCAAAAAGUCAAACCAAAGCAACGUCAGUAGUAACAUCACCUCCACCGCCGAGGAUAGCCGUAAUUCGAUUGGGUUGAGCCACUGGACUGGACCGAUGGCGUUCAGCAACCGGUAUACCUCACCGUGGGAGCGGGACGCCAAUGGGCAUCUGCAGGCCACCUCCCAGCUGUCGGAGGAAUCGAACGGUUCGAUCGCGAAGGACCGGUGGGAGUUUCCGCGCCACCGGCUGAAGGUGUUCAACAUACUGGGGGAGGGUGCAUUCGGGCAGGUUUGGCGCUGUGAAGCGACCGAUAUCGAUGGUCACGAAGGUGUGUCGGUGACCGCGGUGAAGACGCUGAAGGAGAACGCUAGCGAGGCGGAACGAAGCGAUCUGCUGUCCGAGCUGCAGGUGUUGAAAUCACUCGAACCACACAUUAACGUGGUCCGGCUUCUUGGCUGCUGUACGGAGAAGGAUCCAAUCUUCGUCAUACUGGAAUACGUUAACAUGGGCAAGCUGCAAACGUUCCUGAGGAACUCGCGUGUAGAGAAACAUUACGGAAAUACUCACGGCAAAUCAAAGAUCCUUACGUCCGGCGAUCUCACAUCGUUCAUGUACCAAGUGGCACGAGGCAUGGACUUCCUCACCUCACGUGGGAUCAUACACCGUGAUCUGGCUGCCCGGAACAUUCUCAUUACCGAGGAUCAUACGUGCAAGGUGGCUGACUUUGGCUUUGCACGAGAUAUUGUCACAUCGAAGGUGUACGAAAGGAAGAGCGAAGGUCGGUUACCUAUCCGCUGGAUGGCUACGGAGUCGCUGUACGACAAUAUCUUCACCGUCAAGUCCGACAUCUGGAGCUUCGGCAUCUUGAUGUGGGAGAUCGUCACGCUAGGGUCCACGCCCUAUCCGGGAAUAGCGGCGGCGGACGUGAUGCGCAAGGUGCGCGAUGGAUACCGGCUCGAGAAGCCGGAACACUGCCGCCGCGAGCUGUACAACAUCAUGUUCUACUGCUGGGCGCACGAUCCAAACGAGCGGCCCGGUUUCCCGGAGGUGGUCGACAUGCUCGACCGAUUGCUCCAAACCGAGACGGACUACAUCGAGCUGGAGCGGUUUCCCGAUCACAACUACUAUAAUAUGCUCAAUAUGAGCGGAGAGAAGCUGUGA